AUGGAUCCUACAGCCUACCACAGCGAGAUGGAUCCUACAGCCUACCACAGUGAGAUGGAUCCUACAGCCUACCACAGUGAGAUGGAUCCUACAGCCUACCACAGUGAGAUGGAUCCUACAGCCUACCACAGUGAGAUGGAUCCUACAGCCUACCACAGUGAGAUGGAUCCUACAGCCUACCACAGCGAGAUGGAUCCUACAGCCUACCACAGUGAGAUGGAUCCUACAGCCUACCACAGUGAGAUGGAUCCUACAGCCUACCACAGUGAGAUGGAUCCUACAGCCUACCACAGUGAGAUGGAUCCUACAGCCUACCACAGUGAGAUGGAUCCUACAGCCUACCACAGUGAGAUGGAUCCUACAGCCUACCACAGUGAGAUGGAUCCUACAGCCUACCACAGUGAGAUGGAUCCUACAGCCUACCACAGUGAGAUGGAUCCUACAGCCUACCACAGCGAGAUGGAUCCUACAGCCUACCACAGUGAGAUGGAUCCUACAGCCUACCACAGUGAGAUGGAUCCUACAGCCUACCACAGCGAGAUGGAUCCUACAGCCUACCACAGUGAGAUGGAUCCUACAGCCUACCACAGUGAGAUGGAUCCUACAGCCUACCACAGUGAGAUGGAUCCUACAGCCUACCACAGCGAGAUGGAUCCUACAGCCUACCACAGCGAGAUGGAUCCUACAGCCUACCACAGCGAGAUGGAUCCUACAGCCUACCACAGCGAGAUGGAUCCUACAGCCUACCACAGUGAGAUGGAUCCUACAGCCUACCACAGUGAGAUGGAUCCUACAGCCUACCACAGUGAGAUGGAUCCUACAGCCUACCACAGCGAGAUGGAUCCUACAGCCUACCACAGCGAGAUGGAUCCUACAGCCUACCACAGCGAGAUGGAUCCUACAGCCUACCACAGUGAGAUGGAUCCUACAGCCUACCACAGUGAGAAGGAUCCUACAGCCUACCACAGUGAGAUGGAUCCUACAGCCUACCACAGCGAGAUGGAUCCUACAGCCUACCACAGCGAGAUGGAUCCUACAGCCUACCACAGCGAGAUGGAUCCUACAGCCUACCACAGUGAGAUGGAUCCUACAGCCUACCACAGUGAGAUGGAUCCUACAGCCUACCACAGUGAGAUGGAUCCUACAGCCUACCACAGUGAGAUGGAUCCUACAGCCUACCACAGCGAGAUGGAUCCUACAGCCUACCACAGUGAGAUGGAUCCUACAGCCUACCACAGCGAGAUGGAUCCUACAGCCUACCACAGUGAGAUGGAUCCUACAGCCUACCACAGUGAGAUGGAUUAUACAGGCUACUACAGUGAGAUGCAAUCUACAGCCUACCACAGUGAGAUGGAUCCUACAGCCUACCACAGUGAGAUGGAUCCUACAGCCUACCACAGCACAGUACUGACCAGGUUGGAGAGCCACACAGGAGGCCUGGUGCGUGGGGCGGGCAUUGGAUACACUGGGCCGUGA